UCCUAUUGUGGAAUUUGCUCUCGAGGACCUCAGUAAAUUAAGGCUACAAAAAGUGAAAUCAGAUUCUAUAAAGCAGAAGAACGAAGAUUCAUAUAAACAAAUAAGUUCUUCACAUGCUGAUAAGGAAGGAAUGAAAACAAAUCGUCAGAGAAAUAAAAAUAAACCAUCCCACAUGUGUAAAUCUAUUGAUUCGGCCAAAGAUGAGCCUGAUUUACGUGAGAAGGAUAGUAAUAGAGAAAUAAGCAGAAAAGUAAUUGUGGGAACACGAAAGAACAGAGCUCUUGCAAAGAGGAAAACACCCGACUCUGCGAAACCAAACAACAGGAAAUCAAACCUGAAGCCAAACCCUGAAGUUAGCUUAAGAACAAAACAAACAAACUCAAACGCAGAGAAAAAAGCUCAUUCAGUG